AUGGGGCAUGACUCCAUUCUGGAGCAGAUAGCAGAAGGUAUUUUGGCAUUUGUAGAUGUUUGGUCAUCUAACAGAACAGAAAACUACUCGAAAAUCUUUGAACAGCAGCUUUUCGAUAUGGGAGCAAAAGUUUCAAAAACUUUCAACAAGCACGUGACCCAUGUAGUCUUCAAAGAAGGUCGUUUGGCUACAUGGAGAAAAGCACAGAAGACUGGUGUAAAAAUAGUUUCAGUACUCUGGGUGGAGAAAUGUCGAGAAGCUGGGGAGCGUGUUGAUGAAUCUUUAUUUCCUGCAGUAUGCACUAAUGAAGGGUUACCCCUGCUGGUUAAAAAACACAAAUGUAUGCAGCCAAAAGACUUCAUUGAAAGAACUCCAGAAAAUGAUAGAAAGAUGCAGAGGAGACUGGACCAGCUGGCUAAAGAAUUAGCUAUACAAAGAAGAGCAAGUAAUCCCGAAACUGAUAUACCGGUUUUAUUAUUUGAAGAUGAUGGUUCCCUUGCAUAUAGCCCAGUUAGUAAGAUAAAAGAUCAAUGCCUUGCAAUGGAAAGAAGAAUAGAAGAGAUGAAGGAAAAGAGAGAAAAUCUGUCUCUUACUGAAGAACAGAUGGAAGACUGCUUAAAUUCAAGUUUUGAUGAUCUUUGGGGAACUGAUAAAUUCAGAAAACGGAGAACAGAGAUAGCUGAAGAUAUCUAUAGUGCUCCAAGUCACAAAUAUGCUUCCAUGAGUGCAUCGGUGAAUAGUCCCUUCUGUAACUAUGACCAGAAGAGAUUAACCCCAAAGCAACCUAGCAGGAGAUGCUUAGGUGAUGAAAAUGAAGUUUCAGAAUGUCAUGCUACUGAUGGCUCUUGCAAACUUCUUAAGGAACAAGAGAAUAGGCUCAAAGGGGGGUUAAGACAAACUAGAAGACUUCCGAAGCCAACAAGGACACUAGUUAUGACAAGUAUGUCUUCAGAAAAACAAAAUACUAUAAUUCAAGUAGUGAAUAAACUGGGAAAGUUUUCGUUCUCGGAUAACGUAUGUGAUACAACAAGUCAUGUAGUUGCAGGAAGUCCUCGUCGUACUCUGAAUGUUAUGCUAGGAAUUGCUCGUGGAUGUUGGAUUGUUUCUUAUGAAUGGGUUCUGUGGUCUUUGGAAUCAGGUCAUUGGAUCUCAGAGGAACCAUAUGAGCUAUCAUCCAACUUUCCUGCUGCUCCUAUCUGCAGGCUUCAACGUCAUCUCUCAACAGGAAAAUAUCAGCAGAAUCUCUUUGCAAGUCAGCCUGUGAUGUUUGUAUCACCUACCAGUCAGCCUCCCUGCCAAAAGCUGAGUGAACUUAUACAGCUGUCAGGAGGAAGAACAUGCAAAGCCUUACGACAGGCAACAAUCUGCAUAGGAGAAUACCCAGGAAAGAAGUACCAGGAAAUAAAACACAUAUCAGAAAAAUGGAUAUUAGAUUCAAUCACACACCAUACAAUAUGUCCGAUGGAAAACUACAUUUUUCAGCUGUGACCUAAGUCAAGAGCUUCCAUAUGGCUGCAAGAAAACAAGCCUAGUUUGGAUACAAGAAACUAAGCUGUGAAUAAAUUUGCUAAGAAAAAGAGCA